AUGGAGGCCAACACAAGUCAACCUGUGAAUGAUGAUCAAAUCCCUACGAACACUGGUCAAUAUCUAAUUUAUAGUUUAACAGGGUGUGUUAUCAUUGUUAUUCUUAGUAUUACCACUCUGUUCGGGAACUCUGUGAUUCUGGUAACUAUUUGGAAGACAUCUUCUUUGCAUUCAGCAUCGAAUAUUUUAUUGUCAAGUCUUGCCGUAUCAGACCUUGCCAUGGGUUUGGUUGUUCAGCCUUUAUUUAUUGUGUAUUUACUGGCUCCUCUCGGUUCUGAACUGCCACAUGUUUUGUGUAUCUUUUUGUCCACACCUUCAUUGAUGAUCAUUACAGCGAUUGGAGUCGACCGUUUGCUUGCUCUCCAGUUCCAUUUGAGAUAUAUUCAAGUGGUAACGCCUCUUCGUGUCAAGUCGGUUGUGAGUUUCAUUUGGCUUCUCUCUGCUGCUAUUGCAAGCUCCAAACUUUGGGCGGGAUAUUUCUUUUAUUUAAUUCCACCCGCGACCUUUCUAUGUCUUCUUGUGGCAAACUUUUUUGUUUAUUCUAAAAUAUACUGCGUUGUUCGACGCCACCGAAGGCAGAUUCAACAACAACAACAACUACAGCAAGGAAGUAAUGACAACGUUUAUAGGAUUCUAAGGCUCAAGAAAUCGGCUUUAAAAACAUUUCUUUUGUGCAUCAUACUUUUGCUAUGUUAUUUUCCCUACUCGUUGUACACUCACUUGCAAAUGUUACGCGCUCUGGAUUCCAUCCCCUCAAGUGUACUUAUCACAACAGUCACAUUAGUCUUCUUAAACUCGACCCUAAAUCCCUUAAUUUUUUGUUGGAGAGACAGUCAAAUUCGUGCAGCCGUAAAGCAACUGUUUUACAGUUUAAUCUAA